UUGAGCCAACAGGUCCAUGCAGUGCUCUCGAGGACUUUCUGAUUUGUUCACAGCUAGUUAAAACUUCAUGGGGCUUGCUGUUACCAGUUACUCUAAAGUCCUACCAUUUAAGGGUGCACUUGUCCUGUAAGAAAACAUUUUCUGUUUCAUACCAGUCGAUUUUGAAAAGGUUUUCCUUUCAGCAAAACAAGAGGCUAGAUCCUAGAGGAUUGCUUCACUACCAAUAUAUCUACAACAGUAUGGACCUUCCUGGUGAGGAGAAGGGAGAAGCUCAACUUGAAAACAGAGUUCAGGAGUCUAUGGCACAUGUGCAGAUAGAUGGUGAAGAACAUGCCUCUGUAGGAAGGAAAAACCUAGAAGUUCAGUUUGCUUGCACACCACUUGCUCAAGCCAGUUCUCUUUGGACCACUGAUGCUAAAGGCGCGGUGAGACUGAGAAUAGAAGAAGGAUGCCCAGAGGAACCGGUUACCGUUCACCAAAUGUUUAAAGCCUCUGUUGAGAAAUAUGGAAACAUGUAUGCACUGGCCAGCAAGAUGGACAACAAAUGGGAAAAGAUAACUUUCUCAGAGUAUUAUCAAUUCUGCCGGAGAGCAGCCAAGAGCUUUAUAAAGCUUGGUUUAGAACGAUUCCAUGGAGUGGCGAUACUAGGAUUCAAUUCAGCAGAAUGGUUCUUCUCUUCAGUCGGUACCAUCAUGGCGGGGGGGAUAAUGACAGGAAUUUAUGCAACUAACUCACCAGAAGCUUGCCAGUAUGUUGCAAGUGACUCCAAAGCCAACAUUAUUGUGGUGGAAAACCAGAAGCAAUUGGAUAAAAUCCUGCAGAUACGAGACAGGCUGCCCCAUUUGAAAGCCAUAGUGCAGUUCAGUGGAAACCCCCAGCAGAGGAUCCCAAACCUUUACUCCUGGGAGGACUUCAUGGAUCUGGGUCUAGAUGUUUCUGAGGAGCAGCUGGAUGACAUCAUUGACAGCCAGAGAGCCAACCAAUGCUGCAUCCUGAUCUACACAUCUGGCACCACGGGCAAGCCCAAGGGAGUUAUGCUCAGUCAUGACAAUAUCACAUGGACGGCCAAUCAUGCCAGCAGGGUGGGGGAGAUGCAGCCAGCUGACACCCAACAGGAGUCACUGGUGAGCUACCUGCCUCUCAGCCACAUCGCUGCUCAGAUCUAUGAUAUGUGGACGGGCAUCCAGUGGGCUGAGCUGGUAUACUUUGCACAGCCAGAUGCCCUAAAGGGAAGCCUGAUAACAACUCUGCGAGAAGUUUGUCCUACAUCUCACAUGGGUGUCCCACGAGUAUGGGAGAAAAUGAUGGAGAAUAUAAAACAGGCAAUAAGUGAGUGUGGAUAUGUGAAAAAGAAACUGGUGACAUGGGCAAUGUCAGUCAGUCUGGAAGCUAAUCAAAAGUGUACACAAACGGAUGAUGACAAACCUUUCCUGUUCACACUGGCCGACAGCCUUGUGCUUCAGAGGCUUAGGACUGAGCUGGGUCUGUCUUGCUGUCAGAAGUUCUUCUCAGGAGCAGCACCGAUCAGUAGUGAAACGGUGCAGUUUUUCCUGGGCCUGAACAUCAGGUUGUAUGAGGCAUAUGGCAUGAGUGAGAGCACAGGACCUCACUUUAUGUCAGGUCCCAGAGCUUACAAACUACCAAGCUGCGGGAAGGUGGUGCCUGGCUGUAGAUACAAAAUGGUCGACAUAGACUCUGAGGGGACAGGGGAAAUUUGCUUUUGGGGACGUAACAUUUUCAUGGGUUUCCUCAACAUGGAAGACCAAACAAGAGAAGCAUUAGACGAAGAUGGAUGGUUGCAUUCUGGAGAUUUGGGCAAGAUUGACGAAGAGGGUUUCUUGUACAUCACAGGGAGAAUAAAAGAGCUGAUCAUCACAGCUGGAGGGGAGAACAUUCCCCCUCUUUCCAUAGAGGAAAAAGUGAAAAAGGAGCUACCUAUCAUCAGCAACACCAUGCUCAUUGGGGACAAGAGGAAGUUCUUGACAAUGCUUUUAACACUCAAGUGUUGUAGCGAUACAGAAACCAUGGAGCCAACGGAGGAGCUGAGUGGUGAGGCUGUGCAGCUUUGCCGACAGCUGGGCAGCCAAGCAACCACGGUGUCUGACAUCAUCGAGGGGAAAGACAAAGAAGUGUACCGGACCAUUCAAGAAGCGAUCAACAGAGUAAACUCUACAGCCACCUCUAACGCCCAAUGCAUACAGAAGUGGGCUAUCCUGAGAAAGGACUUCUCUGUUUCUGGAGGAGAGCUGGGUCCCACAAUGAAGCUCCGUCGCCCUGUUGUGUUGAAGAUGUACCAGCAGGUCAUAGAGAGCCUCUAUCAAGAGUAGUGUCACGUUCUAAGAGAAAUGACUGUGUAACUGUUAGUAUAAAAAUCACUUGCAUAUCUCAUUAUCCUUUUGGACAUGCAUGGCAUUUAAUUAUAUCUGUGUCUUGUGUUCAGAAUGCAUAAAUAAUACAGGAACAAUUUACGUUUCUCUUUUACAUUAAAGAAGUUACCAGAUAAAUAAAUAGUGAAUAAUACUGAGAAUUAAAAAAAUUCACACAAUUUUAAUUCAUUUUCUCAUAGGCAGAAAUAUUUAUUUUUGACUUAUGUUCGACUCUGGUCUGCAAUUACAUCUUUUGAUGCCUUUAAAUCAUAACAGUUACUUUCAUGACAGGAUCUUGUAUUUUGUGUAAAUACCAUUUGGUUUUGAAUAUUAGAUAUUUGGUCCAUAAAGACUGGUUUGAGUCCCCAUAUGGUCCUGUGUGUGCAUGUGUGUAUUUCAACUGUAACUGUAUAACAACAGAGUGAAAACUGAAUAUCUUUAUAAUAUAUUAAUAAAGUAUAUAUUUUUCUUCUU